AUGGUUAAACAUAUGUUUGCUUAUCUCCUUCUAUGGUCACUAAGCCACGAGCUUUAUGGAGCAGGAAAAAUGGAUGAUGGUCUAAAGCCAAAAUCUUGGAGUAACCAGAACCUCGCUUCGGUUCCUUUGGAUUUGAAUGUACAUCUGAGAAACCUCGAUCUAUCCAACAAUUUAAUCAGACGGUUGCACAAACUUGAUUUGCCAUACUUGGAGCAGCUGGACUUGAGCAGCAACCAGCUGGAGCUCAUCUCUGAUGGAGCUUUAGUAGACCUGACUCAUCUUAAGGAGUUGAAUUUGUCCAUGAACUCACUGAACAACAACUAUGACAGAAACAGCAAAGCACUACAAUCCAUUGGUGGCCUGAAGAGUUUGGACAUAUCACUUAACAGUUUGGGCUAUGAAGCUGUGAAACUGUAUCUACAAAACAAAUCUUCACUUGAGCUACUUAAGAUGAGUGGCAAUUCUUUAACAUGGCUCACACACGACUUGUUCAAAGAGAGUGAGGGUAUAAUGAACCUUAGUAUUGAUGACAAUAUAAUAUCAGCGAUUGAUCCAGGAACAUUUGAACCGCUGAAAAACCUAGAAAAUCUUAACCUAGCCAAAAAUAACCUCCCUCACAUAUGUGAUUUCAAACUACAGCAAGUUAAAUAUUUAAAUAUAAGUAGAAAUUCUAUUGAGUUCUUUGUUACUACAGAGGAUAAUCACAUGUACAGUCUUGAAAUACUUGACCUUAGUCAUAACAGACUACUAUAUUUCCCAAUUCUUCCCACCUUCAACCAAUUGAAAUACCUUUAUUUACAUCACAAUAUAAUGGGGACCUUAAUGUCCGAAGCAUCAAUGGUAUCAGACGCCAAUUCCCUUUAUAAUGAAGUUGUCAGAAAGGGUGCUGUUGGAAUUAGAAAAAAUUAUCUUCACUCAAACUGGAGACUCAUGCCAAUAAUCUUUAUUGACCUCAGCUAUAACUACUUCACAUCUUUCCCAAUGGAAACAUUAAGCCUUCUCCCAUCUUUGGAAGGGCUCAAUUUCAGUUUUAACUGCGUGCAAAAUCUCACAUGGAAUGUCCGGCACGACAGUGCAUUUGAAUACUAUAGGCAGCUUUAUUUUCCCUCCUUAAAGUACCUCAACAUGCAAAGCAAUGGACUAGUAUCUGUUUCGCCACUCUUUCUCCAGGCCCUCACACAAGUUGAGACAAUAAAUCUCCAAGACAACUCACUGCAGCCUUGUGCUCCCGUGGGCCAAGUGCACAGCUCCUCAUCACCACAGCAACUAAACGUGAACUCAUCCUGUGUUGCCUUUGGAAAUGUGAGAACGCUCAAACAUCUGAACCUUGAAGACAACAACAUAAAGAUUCUUUAUGUGAAAGCAUUCCAGAAAAGCUCUUUACUGUCCCUAAACCUGGCAAGGAAUUCGCACAUGGUCAUGCAAAUUGGUUCACUGGAUGACAUUAAGGAAACUCUUCAGUCAUUGACAAUUAGUGAACUGAACAUCACCAAUAAUGAUCUGUUCUUGCCUUGCAUGCCAAUGUUAAUGCAUCUAAAUAUGUCCAACAAUAAUCUAAAUGUUUUACCGCAAAGUUUGAAUUGCUCUCCUCUGAGGGAACUCAGCAUAAAGAAUAACGCUUUUGUGUCUUUAAACUACUCAUUGAUUCAGGCGUUAUCAGCAAACCUUCAAGUUAUAUACAUUAGUCAAAACUACUUUACUUGUUGUGAUAGUCAGUGGCUGGACAUCCUCAAUAACUCAAGGAUUAAAAUGCCGGACAUCAGCCACACCAAAUGCGUUCUCGGUGGCAGAACAGUACUAAUUGAAGAGUAUUUGAAAAACCCUUCACUGCUUUGUACAAGUAGCAUCAAAGGGAUUCAAUUGGGACAAACAAUUAUAGUUGUUUUGUUUGUAGGUGUACUGAUAACAGUGCUGAUUAUGUUCACCUGGAAAUUGGCCUACCUGAAACAUCGUGUACACAGUGCGAACUCCUCACCGACAAUGACGCCUCAGCGACCGGUACUCAUCCACAGGCAGCUGCAGCAUUCCCACGCUGCCUACAACCUACAAAUACUUUUGAAAGUUUUGCUACUGGAAGAUGCUCGGAACAAGCUGGAAAAAGAGCUACACAUCAUUACAAAUCAGGUAUAUGACGACAACAAAGUGGUCCUGAUGUCCUCUUUUUCAACAAGUGGCUUCAAUGAACUUACCAAGGCUUUAGAUGAGACACGUCAAUCAAUAGACAAAGUCUCAAUCCUGUUAAAGGGCUUAAAACAUGCUGAAGCCACUGAGGAAGCCAGGGUUGACAAAUCCAUCAUGGUGGAGGUGUUUCCCAUAAACGGGACUGACUGGUCCGAGGAAGCAGUUGAUUGGUUUAAAGAGAUGGUGUAUAACCGGACGUUGUAUGCCCGAAUUUUCACGCAGGCACCCAACGUGUCAGUCGAGCUUUUCUUGGAAAGGGGGAAAUUGGGAGCUAUGAGGAGGGGACCGUCAUUGUCUUUGCGGCUAGCCCAAAACGGACACGCCAACCACAGCAAACUGAAGAACAUUGAUAAUGUUCAACUGCAACUGAGAAAGCAGGAUUUAGAGUGGGAGAAGUACCUCAUCUCGUGCUACACUCAGCAGAUCAAUAAGCACACAGAAAAGACGGACCAUUCCAAUGUUUUUUAUUAG